AUGUUCAGCUGGUGUAAUUCUGCAAAUGGAUUGGAGCACCAACCACGAUCCUCCUCCUCCACAACGAAGAACAAUCAUCAUCCAAUGCUGACACUGGAGAAUAAUAAUCACCUGCCUCGACGUCGACCAUUUAGUGGCGGAACGACCCGAUUGACAUCAAUCUUACCGACAGAAGGAGAAGGCAUUGUGUUGUCAGAACAAGUCAACCACUUUCGUCAGCAACCAGCCUAUCGAAUGUUGUCUGCAGUGGUGGGUUUGUCUUGCGUCAAUAUUGUGUACAGCAUGUUACGACCGGAUCCUGAUAUCGGAUUGAUGAUGCGGAUGCCUCGAAUAUUCUGGGAGAUUUGCAUUAGUUGCACUGCCGCCAUCUCUGUGGGCGGAGGCGAAGGAUCCAUUUUCAGACUCUUAUUGGCCAUGAUGCUCGGUCCGACCGCAUUGAUUGAUAUCUUCUUUUGGGGACCCAUUCUAGGAGCAACCACGACCUUUCAAACUUGCACGGGUGGAUAUCUGCGAGGGCCCCGGUUUUGUCGGUUGGAUAUGGGGAAAGGGAUAGGGAGAAUUGUGGGCAUGGUCCAAUCGGUAUUUGGUGGUGCCUUUUACAUGCUCGCAGCAGCCGUAUGUUGGUCCGAAUACUGGCAAGCACAACGGAUGAGGGAAGAAGAAGCGCGGAUGCGGGCUCGAAUUGUGGACUAUUCCUACGAACAUUGA